AUGGCUUCUGUGUUGGAGAAAUCGUUCGAGCCUCUCGUCCUUAUCACGCCUAGAUUGAUCAUUAUCCCAACCCCAACCGCAGUCUCCCUCAGUUCAUACCGAGCUCUGUAUUCCUCUCUCCACGCCAAUGCGGCAUUCUGCGAGAUGGCCUUCGGGCAUCAUUUCCCUCCCAGAACAUGGAGCGAUGAUGAAACGCGCGAGGUGAUACAGACACGUGACAUUCAACGCUGCUGGGAGAGGCGUGAUCUGGGGGACUUUGCAGUAGCUUUACUGCCUGCGGCAUUCCAAACAAACCCAUGUAAGGAACUCGGCAUAAUUAAGGGCCCAGAUUGCGACCGAAUGCUCAAUCAGAUCUGCCUGGAGGAAUUGCAAUGGGUGGGAUAUGCAGGGGUCCGUGAUGCUACGACGACUUCGCUCCCGCCAAGGGAAGCUGCCGAUCCGGCUCUGCCACCAUGGCAAGAAAUGAUCGAAGUGCGCUAUGGUGUCUCACCGCAAUUCUGGGGACAAGGUCUUGCCACGGAAGCGGCCAAGGCUGUUAUGCAGUGGUCUGUGGACGAGAGAGGGGUGAAGCGAUUUAUCGCCGAGACCGAGAGGGAAAAUACCCGAAGUGCGAAAGUGUUGCAGAAAUUCGGCUUCACUCCGAGUGGCACGGAUUAUUGGAAAGAACCCACCGAGAUCGAGUGGGAGUGCACAAAACUGCGGCUGUACUGA